ACCACUCACACCAACAUCUCAAUGGCGACUCAUCAGAACAUAGCGGCAUGGCUGCCAGGCGUAGGAAAACAGGUCGAAAUUGGUCCUGCCGAUAUUCCAGACCCUGGCCCAGGGGAGCUGCUCAUUAAGGUCCAAGUGGUCGCUGCGCAGCCAGCAGAGUACAAGAUCCAAGAGGGAACCCUCCCGUAUCAGCUGAAUUUCCCCACCGUCAUUGGAUUGUCUUUUUCUGGCACAAUCGUCAAGGUCGGAACGGAGGUCAGCCGCUUCAAGCCGGGCGACCGCGUUGUCACCAACAAUUGUGGAAGUCUCCGCAAUGAUGCUCGAUUUGGAGCUUACCAGAAGUACGCGCUCACCAAACAAGAGAUGACAGCAAAGAUUGGAGUAGCCUCUUUUGAGACUGCAGUUUCAUUGUCCAGCCUGUGCUAUCCUGCCAGUGCACUUAUCCAGACCCUGCACCUUGACAAGCCAUCUGACCAUCCUAAUCCCCAGAACAACGCAAACCCGAGAUCCGAACCUUCUUCCGCUUAGGAAUGAGGCGGCACUAUCCCCGUACAGCUUCCCUCUCGCCUAAUUUUUCUUGGCAUCCGCUAUUAGUGAAUCA